UCUCUCUCCUAUCUCUCUCUCUACUCUCUCUCUUGUAACGGAAAACCGUUACGGAGCGUCUGAUCGGCCAUUCAAGGCUUCGGAGAUGACGGCGCUGAACGCGUUGCCGCCGUCGAUUCGCGGUUCGUCGCCAGAAUUGGAAUCUGGACCUUCGAUACCGCCGUCGCCGGCGAAGCCGGCGUUCUUGAAGGUUGUUGGCGAUAAUGCCGUUCUAUUGGAGGUGAGGAAGAUGAGAAGCUUGGGGCUCUACAAUGGAGCCUAUGUGAAUUCGAGGUUUUCGCGGUCGAUCAAGUCGAUGAAUGAUCACGCUUCUGUUUCUGGGAAAAAUCUCCACCUUUUGUCAGCUACUAGGAAGUCGACAAACGUUACAUGGCAUAAAUGCUCAGUGGAGAAACUUGAUAGGCAAGAGCUACUUCAGCAAAAAGGCUGUGUCAUUUGGAUUACUGGUCUUAGUGGUUCAGGUAAAAGCACCUUGGCAUGUGCUUUGAGUCAAGGCUUGCAUAUGAGAGGAAAACUGAGCUACGUCCUUGAUGGUGACAAUGUUCGACAUGGUCUAAAUAGUGAUCUCAGUUUUAAAGCCAAAGAUCGUGCAGAAAACAUACGAAGGAUUGGUGAGGUUGCAAAGCUAUUUGCGGAUGCUGGCAUAAUUUGCAUUGCUAGUUUAAUAUCUCCCUACAGAAGUGAUCGAGGUGCCUGUCGUUCACUAUUGCCUGAAGGAGAUUUCAUUGAGGUGUAUUUGGAUGUGCCACUUGAAGUGUGUGAAAGCAGGGACCCAAAGGGCCUAUACAAACUUGCACGGGCAGGAAAGAUAAAAGGUUUUACUGGUAUUGAUGAUCCAUACGAACCACCAUUAAAUUGUGAGAUAGUAUUGCAACAGAAAGGAAAGGACGUUGUGCCACUUUGCAAAAUGACCGAAACAGUGAUAUCUUACUUGGGGGAGAAUGGGUAUCUGCAGGCGUAAGAGUAUAACUACAAUACAUCCCAAUAUUUAGAAAUUGUUACUCAAAAG